UCACCAGACAGAGCUCAGUCCCAGGAGCUGACGCUCCCACCGCCCCCGGGAGAGCCCUGUGGCCACGGUGAUGGCGGGCGCCCUCCGGAGCGGUUUUCUCUGGGGUCUUGUCUCGUCCUGCGGCGCGGACAGAGCCUUCAGCUCCGUCCGUAAAAGAGCAGUGCCAGAGAGUUAGAAGUACACAGUACUGACAUAUAUGUAAUUCAGUGCAGGAUAUGAAAGAACUUGCAAGUAUGGCUUUUGCAGCUUUGUACCUGGUUAGGAAACCUAACUUGCAGAUCCUGGAAGGCUCCAUUCUUGAGCCUGUGUAAUAAUAUGCUGGAACUUAUUAUCAAUGCUUCAUUUGGGGCAACUUGAGGACUUCUGUGUUAUAAGAAGAAAAACAUAAGGAUCUAGCCUUCUUGCUUCCCUCCAAAUUGGAAUUCAGGAGCCAUGGUCUUGAUACUGCUGAAGUGCCCUAAUUAUACAGAGGAGGCUGUCACAGAACCAGUCCCUAACCUGGGUCCUGUUUCCCUCUGAUUUGGAAAGAGACAGUCUUGUAAUUUUAAAUUACAUCCUAGCUCUGAGGAGCUCAGCUAAGACAUUUUCUGUUCAUUAAGAGUAAUUGGAUUACUUCAGAAUGACCACAGAAAUAAUAUUGCAUUAUCGCGCAUAUGAGAGUGAUCCCACACAAUUGCUGAAAGUUGCAGAAAAAGCAAUUCAAGACUUUCCUACACAUCCACUAUCAAGAUUUAUCCCUUGGUUUCCACAUGAUGGGUCCAAACUUCCGCUCAAACCUAAACGAUCACCACCUGUGAUUUCUGAAGAGGCAGCUGAAGAUGUGAAACAAUCCUUAACCAUUUCAGAACAUGAUGUUAAAUCACAGAGUUAUGAUUGUACAGUAGAGCUAUUGGAGUUUCAGCCUAAUUUGAAAGAAAAGAAGCACUUAAUCCGGUCACACACACUCAAUGAACAGACUACUUCUGGAAAUCUGGAUAAACAAUCAGAAAAAGGGAAACGGCACAAGAAGAGGUCUUGGAGUGUUUCGCUCCCCAGCAGAAAUUGUACUGGAGAUAUUUUUCCUUUGUCUAAAAAAUUGCAAGAUAGUGUAAAGGCACUAGAUUUACACUUAUUUUACAGAGCAAGGUGGACAAUAGAUCACACUACAUGUAACAACCAAACUCUGGAAGACAUUUGGGCAAAACUCAAUAGAAUUAUCAGGCACAAUGAGCUUCCAUCUUGUAAUGCUACAAUUCAGAGACAUUUGGGCCAAAUAUGGGUGUUCUGUGAUAUUAUGUACUGUGAAUAUGUGGGAAAUCUCCUUAAAGGAAGAUUAGCUCUUACUGGGAAAAUAAAUUUAUUUGUGCGUAAACAUGGUAUUAUUUUUAGUAUGUAAUGAAUUCCAGUGAUUGUCAAAAAGAUGACUAUUCUGAAUGAACAGUAUAUACUGAAAUAGAUUAAUAAAUUUUUUUACUGGUUUUUAAAUUUUUAAUGACAAUUUUUUUUUAUUUGAACCUUUGCUAGCAUAGCCUAUUUAUUCUUACCAUUGUGAAAAAUAAUUGUGUGGUAGUAUGUGUUCAGUUUGUAUCCCAGGAAUAAAUAUCAUGUGAGUUUGUAGACUUGUCAUUUAA